AUAUUUUGAUACUUUGACAACCCUAUUACAAUGCCAAAAGACGCCAUCGAGUUGAAGUAAAUAAACACAUAAAAGCGCCACUAGAUGGGAGAUCCGUCGUCUUAUCCGGAUUUGGCAACUAUUUGCCGCCUGUGUCUGAAGCAGCACCAGGAGGCCUACGGGAUCUUUGCCGAGGACGACUCGCAGCUGUCGAUUCCUGUCCGUCUUAUGGCGUGCAUAGCCCUGGACGCCAAGCCGGGGGACAGCCUGCCCAAGAAGAUAUGCGUCGAGUGCCGAUACCAGCUGGAAAAGUUCUUCCUUUUCCGACAGCGCUGCCAGGCAGCAGAAAAGAAGCUCCGCAAGCACAUACGCCUGUUGGGACUUGGGAAAAGGAGUCGUGUUUUCUGCAAGGAUCCGGAUGACGACGACUACGACGAAGAUGAGCUGGAGUUCGAGGACUCAAUUGCUUUUAUCAGUAAGCAAGACAAGGGGCGGGAAGAAGCUGAGGAGAAGCGACGAGAUGAGGCUAAGGAGCAGCAGGAGAAGGAGCUGGCCAAGCGGUUGUUGGAGUCGCAAGAGGAGCUGCGCCUAAAACUGUCCGUCGAAUUGCGAAAGGAUCUGGCCCAGGAGGUGCGCAGCGAUGUGCGCGAAGAGUUGCGCGCGGAGGUCACCGAGGAGGCUCGCAAGGAGCAGAUAGUCAGACUUGUGGGAGAGUUGGAGGUCUUUCUCACCGAGAAAAAAGCGGGAAUAUGGGAGGUUAUUGACAGCACUGAAGAAUCAGAGGCCAAGUCCAUGCCCAAGACUUCUUCAACUGCACAGACAUCCUCCAAACCAGCCAGUAAGGCUCUUGCCAAGCUACGUCUGAUCACGACCUCAAAGUCCUCCCUGCAGUGCAUAAAAGUGAAAAGUGACGAAGAAGAGAUCCUCCUUGGCGGUAGUGCGGAGUCUUUGCCAGCUGACGAGAUUGAGCUGGGCACUAUCGACAUGGACGAGGCAGCUGCACAAACCGGAGAGGAUUUCCGGGACAUCAAAAUGGUGGGGGCUGGCGAUGUGGAAGGAACCGAAGACGACCGGUUUUACAUAAUCAAUUCGACUAAUAACGAGGAUACCAAACCGAAUUCCACUCCGGAUUUUGAGGACGACAACGAUUGUACCUCCUACAACAUUAGAGAAAAUGGGGAAAUUCAGUUCAGCGGAGAGAAACCUUCAGCGUUGGAGGAUGUUGUGGUCUUUAACUUGGACAGCGAGAUGUCUGAGGAGCAGCAGGUCUAUAAAUUUGAAGAUAACGUUAUAAUACUGGCCAAGGACAAAUCCAGCGAUGAACCGCAACCCGCAAAAAGGAAGCGAACGAAUGACCUUGUCUUUAAACAAACACCACGUGAAGGACAGCCUCGAGCAGGAAGAGUGUCGGACACGGUAAAGACGUUCCAGUGCCAAUUGUGUCCGGUGGCUUUUGCCACAGAGAGAAUGUUUACCCGUCAUAUGAACACGCACGUCAAGGGCUUGAAAAGCGGCAAGGGUGGAACUCUGAAAUGUCCCAUCUGCGAGUUGCAACUAUCGUGUUCCAGCUCCCUUAAGCGUCACAUGAUCAUCCACACAGGAGUGAAGCCGUUCAAGUGCGAAGAGUGCGACCAAUCCUUCUCUCAGCGCGAGGUUCUUAAGCGUCACAUGGACACGCACACGGGGGCCAAGCGGCACAAGUGUCCCCACUGCUCGAGCUGCUUCGCUCAAAAAUCCAACCUGCAUCAGCACAUCAGACGAGUGCACUUGGGCAGCGACCGUUCCCACAAGUGUCAUCUCUGCCCGCGGAGUUUCCAUCAUAUGUCUGGUCUAAGUCGACACUUGGUAACCCACUCUGGGAUUUUCUUUGCCUGUAAAGAAUGUGGCAGACAGUUCAACGAUCGCAGUGCCGUGCAGCGCCACGUACAAACUGUGCACAAGAUUUCUAACAAGUCGGAGGACAACACCACCGACGCUGAAAUGAGCGAUCCGGAAUUUCAGGCGUUGUAAGGAAAUUCGAAGGGUUGCUUGAAUAUCAUACAACUUUAUUCGCGAACUGGAGGGCUCACAAACGGUUGGCACCAAAUAUCAAUAUGUUGCGUUAAAACAUUUAGAAAACAUGCAGCGUUAAACAGUUUAGCAAACAAUUACACAAAUUGGAACAGUUCUUUAACAGGAUUAUACCAUAUAAUAGCUAGCUAGACAUACGUUUUACAAUAUCGUUAAUAAAUACCACAUAAGAUGAUGUACAAUAUAGGCGAAUACUCGUAUUGUUAAUAAACUCAUUUCCCCUACGACUGGGAAUACGAAUGCAA